AUGGAGCCCGUUGUGUUCGACCAGACGCCGCUCGCCGACUAUCUUCGUGAUGAAGGCGAAGACGAGCAGGCCGGAUGGGCACUCGACGAUCCAGCCUACGAUAUGACGCCUCCCUCGAGCCCUGAAUUCGCGCCGACAGGUCGGCCGAUGCACCAUGCAUCAUCCCGGCCUGCCAAUGCUGCCAUUGACAGCAAUUCGACCGAGAAAUUGUUGGACUCAACCGGUGCUGUCGCCGCUGUGUUGGGCGCAUUGGCUUUGGCUGUCACGAUCAACUGGCUUGCGGGCACAGGGCCUUUGAACAAGAAACGAGUUGCGGUAAUUGUGUUUGUGGCCGUGAUCGCUGCAGGGAUCGCCCAUGUGUACAUGCGGAGGCAGUGGUUGAGAUACAGACGGCUGCAAGCACUGUCUGAGGUCACUGCGUUUGUUUCAAACUCCCAGGAAUUCGAUAACGCGACUGGUGCAGCCAUCGCACUGGUGCAGGAGGUGGAACUCGUGUCCAGAGGCUACCGUCUGAGUGCGCCACUGCCGCCCAUCAGUCGGAUCGAGGACCGCUCACAGACUCGAAAGUGCGUGCGCUUGCGCAAAGCCCUGCGGGCUUCCUUUGCAGAUGUCAUUCCAGCCUACGAUCAGACCAUGUUGGUGGUUAAGGGGUUUUCGGAGCAACUCGACUUGGAGAAGUACUACGACAUCUACGACAUCAGCGAUUUCGACAUGUCGGACGCCAAACAGGGUUUCAACGAGAACGAGUUUGACGAUCCCGAGUCCCUGAGGACCCUCAAGAUUCUUGCCGCACGGUUCCACACCAUCCGUAAGAUGUUUUUGUGUGCGCUUUUGGCUUUGGACGCAAGCGGCGAUAGCAGCGAUCUGUUGAGAUGGACGACAAUUGUCGAGGCUGUACGCACGCUCAACUCGGUGACUUCAAAUGCAUUCGAAAGAAUGAGAAGGUUAUUGAGUGAGGAAGAGUCAUUCCCAGCGCCACCCACUCCCAAGAUGCCCCUGACGCCGGGUAGGGAGAGAUGGAGAUCGCAACUUCGGAAACUGAACUCCUUGUCGAGCGGAAUUCGCGGCCUUCAGGCCAAGCUGACUUUACUGCGCGAGGAAUCAGACCGAAGCCUCAACGAAUCCGACGACAUUACCGAACUAGGCUCCGACCUGAUGGCCCAGUACGAAUCCAUCGGUGCGGACCUGAAGAUCCUGAUGCAGGCUUGGGAGGAAGGCAAAGCCGCACUUGCGGUGGGAAUCGAUCGCAACGAGAAGAGGCUUUCAUCCAUGAGCACAUUGCUUUCUCCUGCAAGCUCCCUCAGCGGGCUGACUACCGUUGAAGAAGGUGGUGUUUCUGACGCCCUGAAAGCAUUAAACGGAGAGUCGCCAUCCACUUUGGACUUCAGUAGCACGGGAGAGCCUGACACGGAGGAGGUUUUCGAGGCCGUCGCACAACCGCGACCCAGAAGCCUGUUCACAAGAGAAGAGCGCAUCAUCAAGAUGAGAGAAGACCGGGAAAAGCGGGAAUCGUUGAGGGAAAAGGCCGACGCCAACAAGGGCAUGCUUAAGGAGCUUGAGAUGGUCAUCAACCUCCGACCCCGUGCACGCACUGGAGCGAACCCGCCACGCAUCGUUUCGAUGUGA